AGUGAGAGGGAGUAAAGGUGGUAAAAUCCUCCUGUUCUCGGAGCUGCUUGCAGAGAUUUCCACUGCUGAGCGCUGAUAUUUUCUGUUUUUCACGCUGCUGUGCACAUUUUUGUGACUUCUGUGGCAGGCACAGAUGUGGAUGGGAGUCUCAGGCUUGCGGCAUCACCGCAGCUCAGCGAUCCCAGCCGCGGUUUCAGCAGCAUUGCUCUCAUGGCUUGGGUUCUGCUGCCGAACACUUGGGCAAGGAGGGGAGGGCACUGAUGGUGCCUGGAGGAGGGCACUGGUUGUGCUCAGUGCAGGGCACCGACUUCGCCCUGAUGGCUGAACCCCAUCCGGGUGGUGUUUAUUGGGGGCAGAUGGAUGUAGAGGUAUUUUUUCAAAACAAAUGUGAAAAAUGGUACCGUCCAAAACACAGCUCUGUUGGCUGAGCGCUGGGACAGCGUCGACAUUCUGCUCGCUUCCCUGGGAAUCAUACAAACUGGGAAAGCCCCUUCAUACAAAGAUGCUGCUUUGGGGUUUUUUGGCUGUAGGUAGAAGUCCUGGUGCUGUCCAGGCUCCUGGCAGCUGGUCCUUGCCCUGCUCAUCCCCGCAGUCAGGAUUUGGGGUGGAGAGGCAGGCACUCGGAGGGCUGAAUGGAUGGAUGGCACAUGAGAGGAGGUGGCAAACUGAUGCAGGGAUGGGGUGAGCUUGGCCAAAAGGCCAUGUCACUGCCUGAGGGCUUCUCUCUGAUGCCCGCUGGUGUCCCUGCAGGGUGGGACAAAGCCCAAGUGACAUCAGUGCCUGCUCUGCUUCCAUCUUCUGGAUGUGCUGGAGAGCUGCGUUCUCCUCCUGUUGGCUGGAAGGCAACAUCCUUCAGUAGGGAUAGAAGAGACGGCCUUGCUGCAGUGAGAGGGUACAUCCCAGAGCCACCUUUGUUUGUUUUUGUGGAGUUUUUGGCCAUUCGACGUGGACAAGGAGUUAUAUGAACAAUACGGCGUCACCAUGAGCGGGGUGUUGAAAAGGAAGUAUGAAGAGCUGGGGGAUGACAGCACCUACUGCUCCUCCUCCUCCUGCUCCCCUCUGUCCUCCUCGGCGUCCUCAGGCUGGGACUCAGAUGAAGACAGCUCCCGUGGAGACAGCAAGCCCAGCUCUGCCAUAGCACCUGGCUUUACCCCCACGUCCAUUCUGAAGAAAUCCAAACGGCUAAAGAAGAACAACGUGGAGUUUGACCGGGUCACUGUGUUUUACUUCCCGCGCUGCCAAGGCUUCACGAGCGUACCGAGCCGCGGGGGCUGCACGCUGGGGAUGGUGAGCAAACACAGCUCCUCUCGGCAGUUCACGUUAGCAGAGUUCUCCAAGGAGCAGGAAAACGUUCGUCGGGAGAAACUGGAAGAAAAAUUGAAAGAGGAGAAGUUGGAAGCUUUGAAAUGGAAACUCACCAUGAACGGCACAAAGGAAUCGGAGGAAGCCAACCAGCUCACUAUUGAAGACAUCUCUGACGACGACAUCGACGUCAGCAACGUGGACCUGGAGGAUGGCUUUUUCCUCCAGCCCUAUCCAGCCAAGAAAAGGCGUGCACUGCUCAAAGCCGUUGGGGUGAAGAAGAUUGACAAGGAGGAGAAGCGGGAGCUGCACAGCAUCCGCCUGUCCCGGGAGGACUGCGGCUGUGACUGUCAGGAGGUCUGCGAUCCUGAAACCUGCAGCUGCAGCUUGGCGGGCAUUAAGUGCCAGAUGGACCACACCUCCUUCCCCUGUGGCUGUACCAAGGAUGGCUGCGGCAACACGGAGGGCAGGAUCGAGUUCAACCAGGCCCGGGUACAGACCCACUUCAUCCACACCAUCAUGAAGCUGGAGCUGGAGAAGCAGCAGCAGAGCAGUGAAGGGGUGGCAGAGGUUGAACCUCCCUUCCGGGAGCGGUUGCCUCAGCUGGGCUGCACAGCGGCAAAGGGGCCCUUGGAAGAACGCACGGCGUCACUGGCCCCCGCCUUCCAGUUCAGCCCUGAGUUGGAAGCCCUGGGCGAGAACAGCUGCAGCAGCGACAUGACGGACUCCUCCAUCUCCUCCCACCCCAGCGAGGACCUGGAGGAACCCUAUGAGAGCCUCCCCUCCGACAAGUCCCAGUCGGACAUCGAUGAUGAUGGCUUGGCACGCAUCCUCCACUUCAACGAUUCGGAUGCCGAGGAGGAGGGAGACCACUGCCAGGACAACCUGAGCUGUUUCCACCCUGCCGAUUUCUUCAUUGAGGACCAUAGCUGCGAGGCCAAGCCUGGCCCUGGGGCCUCAUCCCACCUCUCUGAGUGCCUGGACGAGAAUGCCAACCAGGACAGUGGUGGGCUGCUGGAGGAGGCCAUGCACGCGCGCUGUGAUGGGGUGUCAUGCUGCGCCCCAGCCCCAGCUGAGUCGUGUUCCAAGAGCUAUGCCGACCUCAGCCUUUCCUCUGACUCCUUGGAUUUCUUCCAGUCCUUCUCGGACUAUAACUUGGGACCCCUUUACAACUCCUUGAAGGAGUAUGAGAACCUUGAUAACUUCUCAGCGUUACAGUUUCAGUUGCCUAAUUUCCCCGGUUUCCCGCAAGCUGGAGAUCAGGGCUCCUGUUUCUUGGAGUCUCUCAUCGGUUUGUCCGAAUCCGUCCCCGAAACCCCAGCCCCUUUCACAGACAAUCAGCUUUUGGAGGAUGCCAUCAAGUCAUCGCUGAUGGAAACGGUGAAGGUGUGAAGCUCCUGGCUGGCUGGGGAUGCGAAGGACUGGCAGCAUCAUGGUGCUGAAACCAAAGCCGAAGAACGGUUGGACGGGCAAACUUUCACUUGUGCUAUGUGAAAAGGAUUAAAAAAAAUAAUCAGACUUUCUGAGCGGACAAACUAUUUUUGGUCUUUAUAGAAUGUGGACGUUUUGACAUACUGCAGCUACAAUCAGUUCUCUUGCUGUUUGUGCAAAAAUUUCUAAACUUUCAUGAUGGGGUCGGGGGGUGGGAGGGAGGGACGAAGACUUUCAAGUAUGAAUUUCCUUGUGUUUUGUAUGCAAAGACCUGUUGAGAAAUGCUCCUUGCGAAUGUUGCCAGUCGUAUACACAGCCCCUUCUAGAAACGUUUCGGUGUCGCGGGAACUUUUUAAGACAACUUUUGAAGCUGUAUUUAUUGUGAAAAUUUGUGAUUUGCAUAAGAGCCAGACCAACAUGCUCUUGGGUUUAAAUCGGAAAAGGUUUACAGAAGAGAUCCGUACACUAUAUACAUAAUCAUCCUUCAUCUAUUUAUUGCAAAUUCCAGAAUUUAACUAGCCACUGAAGCUUGAACUAGCAUGAAACCUUAUUUAAAUUGGUAAUACCUCAGAUGUAUUAUGUGCACAAUCAUAUUUUUUGCAUAAUAUAUCUGUAUUUAUUUAUUGUCUACCUGUAGUACAUGAAUAGCACUGUGGUUUGUCAAUGACCUGGAAGGGCAGUAAGGUCUCCAGCAGCACGCAUCCUAAAAUGACCCCGCUGUCUGAGUCUGGGAGGUGCUGUCUGUUCAGUCUUCACCUCACAUUGCUACAAGAGCUGAAUGUAAGGUGGGUGGGAGGGGAGGGAUGAGGGCGGUGUUCUUGCAGCAUCCUCUGGUAGUGAACCAUCCUUUGUAGACGUGAUAGCGCGUAGUCUGAUAUGCAUGAUACUGCUAUAGGGAGCAAAACCAUCCUCUGUUUGAGAAACAUGAGCUAGCUCUAUUUAAUGAACAAAAACCACCGAAAUCUUUCCAUAAAUUAUUUUCUAAUUUAUUGAAUUUCCUAAGGAUUUGGCCAUGAGAUCUUUUGUGAUCGCUUAUGGUGCCUGAAUAUGCAGAGGAACUGCCAGCGAGGGAGAAAGUCAGGGUAACCUUUGCAGCCCAUGGGGCUUUGGAGAGCAAAGUGAAGGGCAGCAAAACCCUUACAACUCCCAGAUAUUGAGGGUAUGGCAACUCCAGAAACUUGUGGGCCAGACUGUUUAUGCUCUUUUUUAAAUAGAUAAAUUGGGUAAAUCAAGAAAAGGAGACGAAUAUGAAGGUUGUUGCAUUAUUUAUUGAGUACGAUUGCAGAGAGGAGGAAAAAAGAGAAAUGGUUGUGCUUAGGAGGGAGAUUAGAGGCCUACUUAGAUUUUUUGUUGUUUGAAUCAGCCUGAGAACAUGACACUAUUUGGCCAUGCCAUGUAACUGGACCCAAAUCUGCACGCCAGUGAUGCACUAAGUGCCUGCGCCAGCAGCGUGGGCGUCUAGGUAUCUCUCUGGAAACCCACAGCUGUACAUUGAAAUCCCCUCUUGCAUAGUCACCCCGUUGGGGGGAAUCAUCCCAAAAUGUGGGUCUGAGGACCUUUCCCUUAGCUGAACCUUUGCUGUCCCCACCGGCAGGGAUGGGGCUGUUUGAGACCUGCCACUUGAUGGACAAGUAGUCUUGCCAUGCCACCAUGGCACCCUGCCAGCAAUUUGGAAAGCUUCUGGCAUAUGAAUAGCGCGAAGGCUGGUGGUUUUUUUUGUUUGUUUGUUUUGUUUUUAAAUUAUUGUUAUUAAUAAUUAUUAUUAUUAUUUAAUUGUACGUCUUCUCUGGUAUUGAGCCGGUCAGCCUUGAAGCAGAGUCAACCCGCCAUGUCCUCCCACGAGGCAUCACCCUGAGGCCAUCCCCAUGGGCAGGAGGGCGACUGUAGGAAUACUACUGGCAGAUGGAGGAUUUCCUGGAUACCUAUCUAUCUAUCUAUCUAUCUAUCUAUCUAUCUGAUUUUUUUGUUGUCGCCGUCGUUUCUUUUGACUGAAAAUCCCCCUUGGUUAUCUUCUGGUGGUAGUUGCUAUCCUUCAGACUGCAUCAAAAAUACUGACUGUUGGAAGUCUGGUACCGUUCUGUAUUUAUUGGCACUAAUAUAUUUUAUAACAUUCCUCAGUUUCUCUGCAUAUAUAUAUAUAUAUUUAUAUAUAUAAAAUAUAUACAUAUAUUUUAUAUAUAUAUAUACACAACACUUUUUGUAAUGAAUGACAGAGAUUGACUCCUGCCAUUGUGGAUUUUUUUUUUCUAUAAUUUAUUCAUUUUAUUUGUGUUGGUGCCAAAAAAAAAAAAAAAGAUUUUUCUUUUUUUUUUCUUUUCAAGGCACUGAAUUGUAAAUAUAUAAUUUUGUUGCUUGUUUGUUUUUCUUCUCGGUAUCUAUGUAAAAAGUUGCCUGUUAAACAGUUUUAAAACUGGCUAUUUAUUGACACAAUCUGUAAUUAUCUAAUGUAUUGAUUGAAACACUUUCGUUUCAACAUAGCUUUAUUUUAGCUUCCUUUGUGUAUAUAUUGUGAUUAUGUUGCUUAAGGGUACAAGUUAAAAAUGCUUUAUUUUACCUUAUCCAUUUGCAUUUGUUUAAAAAAAAAAAGGAAAAAAGCAUAUUUGUCUACAGCUGCUGUCUCUCAUUUCAUCAAAGCAAUAUGAAGAAAUUUCCAUUACACUUUCAAUAAAAUAAUUUUGUUUGAAUGCG